AAAUUCCAACCUUCAAGAAUCUCUCCAUUACUUAUUUUCUCUCUUUUUAUUCUUCUUCUUCACUCUCAUACUCCAUUUCUUACUUAUUUUCUUCUUCAUAAAUCACAAAUGAAACAAGUUUAUUUCUUGUUGUUUCUACUAAUAUUACUAUUCACUAAUGUUGCUAAUAGUUUUGAAUAUAAGAAGGAGGUGCUUAACAUCCACAACAAAUUACAUUACCAAAAUGUCAUUCCAUCUUGUAGUUCACUCAAAGCAAGAAGACAGGAAUACCCAACAAAUCUGGAGAUAAAACACAGAGAUUCCUGUUCCAAAAAGACAAGUUCUGAUAUGAACAAAAGGCUUCAUGAUCAUCUAACUUUAGACCAUGAUCAAGUUCAGUACCUGCAACGCAGGAUCAAAAACCUGAUCUCGGGUGAGCAACUUCGCACUGCAUCGGACGCACAAAUCCCAUUAAGUUCCGGUACAAGGCUUGAAAUCAUGAACUAUGUGAUCACUAUAAAACUGGGUGGUAAAAGCAUGACAGUAAUUAUGGAUACUGGUAGUGACUUAACAUGGGUACAAUGUGAGCCUUGUAGAUUAUGUUAUAAUCAACAAGAACCCAUCUUUAAUCCGUCUGCAUCUAAUUCAUACCGAUCAUUAACGUGCAAUUCUUCAGCCUGUCGAACACUGCAGGAAGCGACAGGAAAUUUGGGAGUGUGUGCAUAUAGUCCAUCGACGUGUAGUUACUUUGUUAGUUAUGGUGAUGGGUCUUAUACGCGUGGUGAAUUAGGGACAGAGCAGCUUGAUAUAGGAAAAAGUCGAGUGAAUGAUUUCAUAUUUGGGUGUGGUAGGAAUAACAGAGGUUUGUUUGGGAGUGUUUCGGGUUUAAUGGGAUUAGGAAAGGGUGAUGCAUCCUUUGUUACACAAACAUCUAGCUUAUUUGGAGGUGUAUUUUCGUACUGUUUACCUUCUACUGAUGCAGGGGAAUCGGGAUCAUUAACCUUAGGAGGGAAUUCAUCGGUUUAUAGAAAUACUACGCCUGUUUCCUAUACGAAAAUGGUUCAAAAUCCUCAACUUUCUUCGUUCUAUAUGCUGAAUCUAACAGGUAUAGAUGUAGGUGGUGUGCAUUUGAAAGCUUCAAGUUUAGGCAAAUAUGGGAUAUUGAUUGAUUCAGGGACGGUGAUCACGAGGCUACCCCCGUCACUUUACAAGGCUCUAAAGGCCGAGUUUGUGAAACAGUUUUCUGGGUUCCAAUCAGCACCAGGACUCUCGAUCUUAGACACGUGUUUUAACCUCAGCUCAUACAAGGAAGUUAACAUCCCUAUAGUAAAGCUUCAGUUUGAAGGGAAUGCUGCUUUAAAGGUGGAUGUGAAUGGUGUGUUUUAUUUUGCUAAGACUGAUGCAUCUCAAGUAUGUUUGGCAUUUGCUAGCCUCAUGUAUGAAGAUGAUAUAGCCAUUAUAGGAAAUUUUCAACAGAAAAACACAAGAGUUGUAUAUGACACUAAGUUCUCUAAGGUGGGAUUCGCACAAGAAAAAUGUUUUUAUUGAUCAAAUGUACUAUAUCUUUACCGUAUACCAGUUUGUCAGCAACUCGCUGAGAGAUUCGCUAACUAUAAUCAACUGGGUAAAAUGUAUACUUUUCUCAAAAAAUUUUACAUUUUGAUGUUAGUUUAGCUUGAAUCUUGUGUAAGGGUAAAAAGUGCCCCACAAUUUUAUCUAUCAUAGAGUUGGUUUUUGAA